AACAGAAACUUCACUCAGGCAAGAUGUGCGCCUACAAAGUCUACGUGGUGCUCAUGGUGCUCGGUCUAGGGGCCCUCACAGUAGAAGCAGAUGAGGAUCAACUAGACAUAAAUGCCACUCUCUUCGUAAACGAAUGUCCGCCCAUGCAAAUGGAAGAGGAUGCGCCCAAGAAGAGGCUGUUGGGGGUGUGGUACGCCUAUGCAACCACUCCGCUGCCCUUUCGGGACUAUCAGCGUAGAUGUGCCUCGUACAAUGUGAGGAACUCAAGGAAACUUCGAGUGCUGACACGCACGCGCACCCCUGACAGUCAACAGAUUUUAGUGAUCAGCAGUUUUCUAAUGAUGCGAGGAUUUGACAUCAGGAUACUGACAUGGCUAAGAGCAAACGCCUUUUGCUUUGAAUGGUACGAGCUGAAAUAUGAGACCAGACGCCAGCCGAUGACCUAUCAGGCGCCAUUCAAUAUGCCCGGCGCAUUGGGGCGCUAGAGAUUCGAAUUAAUUGCAUAAAUGUUCAAUUAUUGUAACAUAAUUUGCCGUACAUAUGUUAACCAUUGAAUCACUGAUUAAAAUGAGGAAAUCGUAUAAUGGCCGAGGCCAAAC